AUGGGGGGCUCACAAAGUGCACCAUGUAAAGAAACUCUUCAAAAUCCAGAUAUAUUAAACGUUGUGACUUUGUCUGAUGCCGCCGUUCAAAGGCUACCAUUGAUAGCCGAUGACAGUCCUACAGACAAAGAAAAAAGGAAUAAAAAUAUAGAUGAUUUUUGGCGGGAUCGUUUACAUUGCAUAGAUGACACAUAUUCAGAAGCUAAAAGAGUAACGGAUAAUGAAUUCAAUAGAUUGGAAAAUUCAAUAAGGAGAUUAUCACCGGAACCGAUAAAAGUUUCUUGUCCCAGAUUGGUAGAUGAUGCUGGUACCUGUUAUUUGACUAAUGGAAAAGAACCAUUGAAAUGUACUCAUUUGAUAAAAAAAUUUGAACGGUGUUUGGAUUCGAUUGUUGCCGAAGGAGCGAAAAGAAGACAUUUAGAUAGUAUAAGAAGAUCUAAAAAACCUAGCCAUUGUAAAACCGAUUAA